AUGCAACCGCGGCGUAUGGCAGGCCACUUCAACCCCACGCCGCAGGCGAACAGCCUCGCCGCGACCCACUACGCGCACGCACCGGAGUUGCGGCACAUGGCCGAUGGGGCCGCCAUGUCGCUCCGCGGCCAGCGCAUACCUUUACUGAAGCCGACACUUUCCAAGUGGUCUCGGCAGCUCCGCUCCGACAUCUACGAUGAACUGCUGAAGCUGCCACUGCGCUACGCACUGCACGACUUCCGCACGCUGCAAGCACACAUCCACGCUAUCCCGGGCACCGCCACGAAUGCAAGCGGCACUGCUACUGUCGGAGAGCGACUGCCACCUGGCGUGUACCACGCCUCUAGCAACCUCUCCCCCGCGUCGCCGGAUGCGCCGGCGUACUACGCAGUGGCAGGCCGCGACUCGGCGGUCGGGUACGCGCCACCGCUCGGCCCUGCGGACCCGGUCGACGUGAUCCCCUUCUUCGUGCACCGCAGCAGCAAUGGCCAUCUCCCCGGCAAGGUCUACUCCAUGAACGCCAAGACGCUCAUGCCAGCCUUUUAUAUGCGAAUCCAGAACAUCGAGGGCGACAUGUUCCGCUUCGAGGAGGAGCUGAUGAAGAUCUUUCCGACCAAGAAGAUCUUUGUGCGCAGCCACUCCGUGUACGUGUACAAUGUGAACUUGGAUGGGCGUGCUGUCUUGCACCACUGGCUGCUGGGGCUAGGGUUUUGA